AUGAAACCUCCAUGUCUGCUGCUUCAGGAGUCCUCUGGGCCAACCACCAACCAGCCUGAAAGGACUCCUCCUUCAGCUUCACAGCUUUCUUAUUCACUGACAGUCAGGCUGAAUGGGACUAGUCUGUGCUCAGGCAGACUGGAGGUGAAGUCUAACCAGUCUAACCAGUGGUGGUCCUCAGUGUGUGAAGAUGACUUUGACCAGCAGGAUGCAAAGGUGGUCUGUAGGGAGCUUGGCUGUGGGGCACCUUCAGUCCUCCAGGGGGCGCUCUUUGGAGAAGUGGAGGCUCCAAUGUGGACCAAAGAGUUCCAGUGUGGAGGCCAUGAGUCUGCUCUCCUGGACUGUAGAAGCUCAGGCUCAGAUAGAAACACCUGCUCACCUGGCAAAGCUGUUGGACUCACCUGCUCAGAACCUGUCAGGUUGGUGGGAGGAGACAGUCGCUGUGCAGGAAUACUGGAGGUGAAACAUCAAGGAGACUGGAGACCAGUAGAUGACUCUUACUGGAACCUGAAGACAGCAGCUGUUGUCUGUAGAGAUCUGGACUGUGGCUCUGCUGUUUCUAUUGGACAGAGAGUGGAGUCCUUAGAGAGAUCUGUGUGGAGGAUUUACUCUCACUGUCUUCUCUCUGGAUCUGCUCUGAGAGAGUGUUUAACAUCAUAUUCCUCUUCCUACAUCCUGGAUCUCACCUGCUCAGACCUGCUGCUUCAGCCAAUCAUCAUUGUGUCCUCCCCCAUGUACGGGGUCUCCGAGGCCCAGCAGCAGGGGGCUCAGGUGCUCAGGCGCUCCACCUUCACCAUCUGCUGCUCCAUCCAGCCACAGUACCCAGGAGGCUCCUUCCAGCUCAACUUCACCUCCUCCAAGUCAGCACACAACUACACCCAGCCAGCUGUCAAUCACCCUGCCCACUUCCUGUUUCCUGCUGCAGAGUCCGCCCACCAAGGAAGCUACAGCUGUGUUUAUCACCUCUAUGUUUUUAAUCAUAACUUCUCCUCUGAGAGCCGUCUGAUCUCCCUCACUGUCCUAGGUAAGCUGACUGUUUACAUGCAGGUUUAGGGAAGAUGAUUGGUCCAAACUGACUGAAGAUCAUCAGCUGAUGCAAUGCAUGUUGUUGUUUCUGUAAUGACACUGUGACUCCUGUCAUUGUGUUACACAUGUCAUAUCGUAACCAAACCUAAACACAGUCUAUAAAUGGCAACAGCUAACAAUAUACUGUAGGACAGACGUGACCAAUCACAAAGCUCUACUGCCACCACAUCAGUCAUAACACCCCUUAGCCCCCAACUCUCCAUUUUCAAGUGUAGUUCCUCCACCAAUCAGAAGCAAGAAGGAUGGUGUGCUCCGAUACCUCACUCAGAGAACCAGGGUUAUCCUGGAAACCAAAUGUUGAAACAGUUGUUAAUGAUAGCGAUUACGUUUUCAAUUGACUCUUCACUAAGUCCCGCCCCUCUAGCGC